AAGCCGGAAAGAAGAAAUCUUGAUUCAGGAUGGCUACCAAAGGAGCGAAAUCACAAAAUGCUCCAGCUUCAUCUUCUGCGGAUGCUCUUCAGGUUUCCUUACCUCAAAUGUUAGACCUCGCCCUGGGCACUCCUGAGGUGGGUGCAGUCAACCUCAACAUCCUCCACAAUUUCCUUCACGUCCUCCUCCGGCAGAUCAACCUUCGUUCAACGAAGGUGGAAUAUCGCGGAGAGGACGCAAAUCGCAUCAAAACCAUGGUGGAGUCCUUGAAGUCGGGACCGAGUCUUCAGCUACACGAGUACAGCAUCAUCGACGGUUCUGGGAAAAUAAGUCAAAGGAUCCAGGGUGACGAUGACCUGGUCGUCGAUGUUUUCACGGAAGGUUCGAAAGGAGCCAAAGGUGGGAAACCUGCUGCCAGUGCUCCUACGACUGCUCGAGGAGCGGGAAAGGAUCAAGACGCGACGGUGGCCAAGAAGACUAAAGGUGUGAAGCAACAAUUGGGAGCUGGGUCGGAUGGGGAGCUUCAAUCGGUCAUCUUUGUGGAACCAGUCAUUGAUGGAGCAACUCCAUCGGCGUUGACUUUCAAGAAGUUCGAGGAUACAGUCAGCAAGUUGCAGCAGCAGUUCCACGCCUUAGAAGAGCUGGCGAACAACUCGGAUAUGAUCGAACGGAUUAAGAAGAAUGCAUCAGACCCAUUAACAGACAUGUGGCACGUCAUCAACAUCAACAAGCGACUGGACGCGACCGAGCAGAGUAUGGAAAAGUUGAUGGGGAUGCUGCAAGAGCUGAUAAAAAGCGAUAAACUUGAAGUGGGAGCUGGUGACACCUCCGAGAGUCUAGAAGCUCUGGAGCAGAGAUUAACGGACAUAGAAAUGACUGUUUCGUACCUGACGGAAGGAGUUGAGCAGAUGCAAAGCGGUGUUGAAGAGAACCCGACACCACGUGGUAAUCAAGAUGGAGGUGCAGAUGGACAGCAAGGUGAUCAAAGUGGAAGAAACGAUACAACUGAAGAAACUGAAGCAGCUGGAAAGUCUGGAGAAACUGGAGGAGCUGGGAAAUCCAAUAAAAAAGGAGCUGGAAAAACCACAGAAGUUGGGGCUUCCAAAACUGAUGAAACUGGGGGCGGUAAAAAGGCUCCAGGAGGUGAAUCUGGUCCUGGAAAAGCUCAAACUAGUUCUGGGAAAUCUGGGGAAAAAUCUGAAGGUAGAGGAGCACCUACUUCAGCUGGGAAAUCGAAUCCACCUGUUGCUGGUGAAAAUGGCGCCGGUGGUCGCAGGCUAACGAUAUUCGACGAAUUUCGCACAGACAUUGCGACCCUGAAGAAGGACAUGGGUGAGAUGCAGAAGUGUUUGCAGAAUUUGGAGAAGAAAGUCGAGCAGAAUCAAACAGGUCCAGCUGCUCCUUCGAAGGCGACGCUUGCAUCGAGUCCUGAAAACAUUUCUGAAGAUCAGGGACAGAAAUCAAAAUCAAAAGCCCCAGAAGGUCCAGGAAUCGAUCAGCCCCCGGAAACGGAAGAAGCUGAAAUGUCGAAAUGCAUCGAAGCCAUCCAAAACGUGGAAACAAUGUACGGCGACGCCAUGAAUGUCUUAAACGAAAGAAUCGUCGGCCUUGAAAAGGACGUAGGUGUGCUGAUGGAGAAUAAUGGACCUGCAGCAGGUGUCGGAGAAGCGGAAAUCAGCGAGAUGACUGGAAAAUUGCAGACUCUUCAAGCGGACGUAGAAAACAUGAGCGAAACCCUGAAGAAGGUCGUCGAAGAGAGAGAAUCCAGGGAUACCAACUCGAACGCCUUGCUGGAGCAGAUCGAGCUCUUGAAGACCAUCAAGGCGGAUAAGGAGGACCUUGAAGACGCACUUGCUGACAAAGCCGAUGCCCAGGCGGUCAAAAGAAAGGUAUCUUAUGACCGCUUCGACGCUGCAUGUGACGACCUCGCUCGAGGCCUUGAAGACGCCAUCGGAAAGUUGAGCCAACAAGAGUCCAUUUGGCAGCAAGCUUUGGAUGAGGUCCAACGUGAGGUCGAAGGGAAACUCGACAAGGUCGAAAUCUCACCUUUCAAGGAAUUCGUUGACGAGAAGCUGAAGGCCUUGCAGACGAAGCUGAAGGCGCUCUCGGAACUGAAGCAAGAAAACGAAGCUGCGGGGACGAAAAAGAUGCUCAGGGACGUCCAGUGUUUGUCGUGUGACAAAAACGUGGUUAUGAAGAUGAGAGAGACUGUGGGUCAUCACCCAGAGCCCAUGCCCUGCACGAAAAGCAUGAAGCCGUACCUGAUCUACGAAUUGGACAAAGUCAGAAAGCAGCAGAAGAAACUUCCACACAGUAGAAAUCUGCUACACUUCGAGGCAGCCAUGCGAGAAGAGAUGAAGAAGCUGAAGGCCAUCAGGGAAGACACCCCCAGGAGGUCACCAAGAGAUCAUCUCUGCAACCGAUACUGCGGAGGGAGCCACACGAUAACAACUCCUCAGCAACGAGUCAUGAGAUUAGGACACUUCUUGAAUCAAUGGGGUCCUGAAACCAUUCAAUUGACGGAAGGAUUAAUUCGUGGCGUAGAUGGACAAUUUUAUCGAGGACGUCCCAUGCCAAAAUUCGACGUUUGCGGCACUUGCUGCGAACAUGACGAAGAGAGUCCCGCACGAGAGGUAAUAAUUGCUGAUACCAUUGGUAAUAAAUAUGAUAUGAAUCGAGGACGUCACAUGCCGAAAUUCGACGUUUGCGGCACUUGCUGCGAACAUGACGAAGAGAGUCCCGCACGAGAGGUAAUAAUUGCUGAUACCAUUGGUAAUAAAUAUGAUAUGAAUCGAGGACGUCACAUGCCGAAAUUCGACGUUUGCGGCACUUGCUGCGAACAUGACGAAGAGAGUCCCGCACGAGAGGUAAUAAUUGCUGAUACCAUUGGUAAUAAAUAUGAUAUGAAUCGAGGACGUCACAUGCCGAAAUUCGACGUUUGCGGCACUUGCUGCGAACAUGAAGAGAGUCCAGCACGAGAGGUAAUAAUUGCUGAUACCAUUGAUAAUAAAUAUGAUAUGAAUCGAGGACGACCCAUGCCGAAAUUCGACGUUUGCGGCAGUUGCUGCGAACAUGACGAAGAGAGUCCAGCACGAGAGAUGCAAAGGCCAGACGAGUCUUCGGCGAUUACGAUUAAGGAACGAGAAGUGAUAAAUCUUCCAGACGCUUCCGACAUAAUCGUUGCAGGUGCUGACAGCAAUGUCGAACAAACAUUUAACAGAGAGGAGUAA